AUGGCGAAUUCGAUGUCGUCUGGGAAGGUGGUUCGGCUUGCCGUCACUGACUUCCUUUUCACAAUCGUGUGGGCGAUAGGGGUGUCGUGCACGGGCGCCACGGUGGCAGUCCUCGCUCCCUAUGUCGCCGCGGACGAGGAAACCUCCGUCGCUCUCCUCCUGGCAAUCGCCAUUGUUCAGAUCGUGGGAUUCGGGGGAGCGGCGGCGGCGCUGGGGGGGGCGUCGUUCAACCCGCUGGCGAAUCUCAUCAACUACCUCGCUGACGAGGCAGACGAGACGGCUCUCGGCUUGCUGCUGCGUUUCCCUGCUCAGGCGGGUGGCAUGGUGAUAGGAACCAUGCUGACGUGGGAGUUCAUUCCGGAAUCCCUCAAGCACACAGUCAACGGGCCCGCGCUGCCACCUGGCGUGUCGGUAUUGGCCGGCGCGACGGCUGAAUUUGCGCUCACGUUUCUGCUGAACCUGGUGGUGCUGUGGACGCUGUUUCUGGGUCCCAGCAGCGACCUCUCAAAGGCAUUCAUCAUGGUCACAGCCACAAUAGUCGCCAUUGCUGCUGGCAUGGGCUUCUCUGGUCCCUCGAUGAACCCCCUCUUUGCGUUUGGGUGGGUGUACACUUUGGACCAAGAGAUGUCGGUGCAGCACUUCGUAGUCUACUGGGCUGCUCCCACCGCCGGUGCCGUGCUCGCUGCAGCCUUCUACCGAAUCUACCUGAAACCACACAAGGCAGCUCUGGAGGCGAAACGGCGGAAGGAGAGAGAAGGGAAGGAAGGGAAGGAAGGGAGGGAAAGGAAGGCUGGGGAGAGAGGGAAGGGGGAGGAGGAAGCACUAAGGGACAGCAGAGAAACAAAGGGGGUUGUGUCGGAAAGAGAGGGUGAGGGGUUGCGAAAACGGGUGGGUGUGGGGGCGUGCGAAGAGGACGAGGGUAGGGCUGACGUGAAUAAUGGUGGUGGUGAAGGGAAAAACAAAGCAGAGUGA